CCGUCGCUGUCGCGUGCGCCUGUUCUUUCCCUCCAUUUCUCAACCCCGUGUCCUCUUCUCUCUCUCUCUCUCUCUCCGACCGGCGUUUCGACUCUUCUCUCCCCGCUCUCUCUCUCUCUCUCUCUCUCUCUCUCAAUUUCUCGUUCUUCACUCUCCUCAGAUCCAAUUCCUCUUUCUCCUCCUUUUCUUCCAGAUUUGUCUUUCAUUUCUUCACGUAAGGUCUUGCCUGGUGUGGAGCAAUGAAACAUUGGAAAGCAUGGGAUGGCAUUGUUAAUUUGUUAGGCUACUAAUUGGAGUGAGUUCUUCUAAUUUUUUAAGCUUUGUUUCUUUUGGGUAGGUAAUGAAGAUAAGCUCAUGAUUAUAGCCACUGGGACUUGUUUUAUAUUGCAAUUCUUGAUUUGGAAGGUUGGAAUUUUCUAGUACAAGCAAGUACUCUGAUUGGAGAAUGCGAGAUGAAUAAUUUGUUGAAGCAGAUCAUUAUAAUCCUGAUGUUCAGGAUUGAUUGGAGAAAACUGCUUUUGGUUGGUUCCAUAAUUACAAUAGCUGGUGUUGUAGUUCAAAUUUAUACACUUCCUUUUCCACUGACCAUAUGGAUCCUCUCUCCACCAGAAACCCGUCUGGUAUACAAAUCCUUGAAUACUAACAUGCAUUUGAGCAAAGAGACUCCCUUGGCGAGGUUUGAAGAGUUUGAAAACCAUCCAGCUGAUCCUGGUGGUUCCAUGAAUACUUCUACAAACUUAAAUCAGUCGGCAUCAAUUGUGAAAGAUGAAGCUAAAGCCACUCGGCAGAGAGCUCGCUUAGAGAGAAGGCGAAUGAGGAUUAUGAAGCAAAAGAAUCCUUCUCCUCCUCCUCCUCCCCCUCAUAGACCCUUGCCCCUUCACUUGUUGAGACAUAUACGGUCAUUGACAUCUGAUGAGGUGCUUGUGUAUGCUAAGAAAGAGAUGGAGAACAUCUCAUCUGUCCUCAACGAUCCAGAUCCAGAUCUCUACGCCCCUUUAUUCCGAAAUGUUUCUAUUUUUGACAGGAGCUAUGAGCUGAUGGAAGUCAUACUCAAAGUUUACAUUUACAAAGAUGGAGCGAAACCUAUUUUCCAUGAACCCCAUCUCCAAGGAAUUUAUUCAUCUGAAGGAUGGUUUAUGAAGUUAAUGGAGGAAAACAAGCAAUUCGUCACCAGGGACCCUGAAAAGGCUCACUUAUUCUAUCUGCCAUACAGUGCACGCCAGCUGCAGAUGGCUCUUUAUGUGCCUGGCUCACAUAAUAUAAGACGACUAUCAAUCUUCCUGAGGGAUCAUGUGAACAUGCUUGCUGCAAAGUACCCUUUUUGGAACAGGACUCAUGGAUCAGAUCAUUUCCUAGUUGCUUGCCACGAUUGGGGCUCUUAUACACUGACAGAGCAUGAGGAGUUAACACAAAACACUAUAAAAGUUCUCUGCAAUGCCGAUGUGUCUGAAGGAAUCUUCAAAGCUGGAAAGGAUGUUUCGCUGCCAGAAACCACCAUAAGGAAUCCGAAAAGACCUCUUAGAGGUCUCGGAGGGAAACGAGUGUCACAGCGCCCACUUCUUGCCUUUUUUGCCGGAAACAUGCAUGGUAGGGUCCGUCCAACGCUUCUCAAGUAUUGGGGUGACAAAGAUGAUGAUAUGAGGAUUUAUGGGCCUCUACCCAAUAGAGUCUCUCGAAAUAUGUCCUAUGUUGAACACAUGAAAUCGAGCAAAUAUUGCCUCUGUCCAAUGGGUUAUGAAGUGAACAGCCCCAGGAUUGUUGAGGCAAUAUAUUAUGAGUGUGUUCCAGUGAUAAUUGCUGAUAAUUUUGUCCCUCCAUUAAAUGAUGUUUUAGAUUGGAGUGCUUUUUCUGUGAUUGUGGACGAGAAGGAUAUUCCCAAACUUAAGGAGAUUUUAUCGGCUAUUCCUUUGAGACGAUAUCUUAAGAUGCAAAUUAAUGUGAAAAUGCUGCAGAAGCACUUCCGUUGGAAUGCAAGACCAAUCAGAUUCGAUAUGUUCCACAUGAUUUUGCAUUCGAUUUGGCAUUCCAGGCUGAACCAGAUUCAAAUAACGCAGUCAUUGUGAACUCUUGGGAAUUCCAUUUUGUGGGUUUUAACUUCUAGUCCUUUAGAUGAUUUUGAAUGUCAGCCAAAUAGAGUAUGACUUGCAUUGGCAACACCUAUUCCAUGAAUUGAGAGGCCUACCUUGUCGUGGUUAUGGAAUAUGGGACACCAUCUGUGGGUUUUCGGGCUUUGGAGAUCAAAAUGCGCUGAACUGAGACAGGGUUGAAUGUCUGAUGAUUCGUGACAGCCACAAUGAGGAAUGUGAUGCAGGGGCUCCACUCCAGUCAUGUUCCUCAAAUGCAGCCUAUGCAGGAAUAUUCUUUUCAAAGAAUUUUACUCUUGCUUUUUGUGAUGGCCAUGUCCAUUAACUCAAGACAAGCUCUGGAUGUAAGUUCGCUAGCACACCAUUUCAGGUAAUCCUCCGUAUGCUGAUGCUCUUUUUUGGUUGUUUAGAAUUACUCUAGUUUGCCAUGAUGGCACAAAAAAUAAAAAAUAAAACAAAAUAAAAAUUAAUUUUAAAUAUUUUUUGUAUUUUUGUUGGGUCCCUAGGGGGGGUCUGGCCUGUGAAUCAAGUGGCCCAAAGUCAGUCAAAUCUUGUUCAGAAUUUAUUAAUCCACACAACAACCAGUGGAUUAAUGGUUGGUACCUACAAGGACAAAUCAAAGCUACUGCUUUAGCCUUUAUUUUUAGGACUAUUUUGGAGAGAUGAUUAUAAUCAACUUUUUGAUUAAAAACUGUUUAUAAACAGUUUUUUUGUGAAAGAGGAAGUGAAUUAUAAUCUAGAAAGUGGAUUAUCACCCACUUCCCAAAGGGCCUUAGUCCCACUUUGGUGUUCAUUUGGUUGGGACUCUCAAGCACUCAACAGUUGCUGCUCUGUAAUUCUCUACAACAUUAUUCUCUUUUGACUUCUGGGUAGUCUCUUGUUGACCUGGGAAUAUUCAUUGCCAAACUGUAAGUCAAUUUAGUUGUCUUAAAUGAGUAAUUAUUUGUUAAAGGUUA